UCGCUGCAAUAAUUUCAGUUCAGUCGUUCAGGAGAGCUUGGAGUGAACACAGUGCCAAUAUCCACGGCUAACCAGUGACAACGUGUCUAUCCCGUUUACAUUUGAUUACUCAAUACGUUUUGUAAUUUGGCGUGAUAUCAAAACAGUGUGUGAUAAUGUUGGACAAAACGAUCUUGGGAGGCAGUUGGGAGAGUGUGAUUUCUCGAGACGAUUAUGAGGUCGAAUAUAGCCAGAGUCCCAGGGGAUCGCCAUUGAAAGAUACGUCGAAUAUUCAAGACGAACAGCCGUAUAUGAUCAGUCGUCACAAUCCAAAUAAGACAUUUCGCCGAGAAUCAGUGAUAGCCUCUUGGAAAAGUCUGAAAAAAGAACGAGAACAAGCACUGGGCAAGCGCAUUAUUUAUGUAGAUGCUGACAUGUAUGAAGACUACUAUGGCCGUAAUAAGGUAAAAAGGUGUAAGAGCGAAAGGGCAGCUAACAACCCUCGAAUGCCAAAGAAAGUAAAAAGGACAUACUCAGUUCUAUACCGGUACGAUCCAAACGAAGAAAAAGUAGUCAAGGAGUACAAAUAUCAAGUUGGUAAAGAAGAUAUGUCACCGUGUCAGUCACCAAUGCAAAAGUGGCAUUCAGAGCCCUUCCUAAGGCCCGAAAGGACGCCAAAGAAGAAAGCGAAGAGAUCCAUAACAACCCUUUUGAACAUUAAGACAAAAUUCUUAAAUAUCUUUAAAAGUUAAAUGAUAAGGUAGUGAUAAGCUUUAGUUGCUCAAUACAAUGCAUUUUGUGUACUUCUUACUUGUUAGGUUGUACUUACCGAAGGACAUAAUUAAAAUGUAGGAUAUUUGCUCAGUCUACAGAUUUACAGACCUUGAAGCGGCCUAUAUUAAAUUGAUACUAAGUGUAGGGAAUAGGUUAUAUUGUGAUAUUAAUGUGUGUUGUGAUUUAUGAAUGGACUUCAAAUUAUACUACAAGUAUAGUUUUCUUAAGUUCUUUUUUUUUGAUAAGGCUUCGACCACUCAUUGUUUAUUUUAAACUUAAAGUUAUCUUUUAAAUUUAAUGUCUAUUUUGAGUUACUAUCUGGGCCAAGGUUAUAUUUAUUUAACUUAAACGAUAAUAAUUACCCAAAUAUUUUAAAUAGUACAAUGAGUGAUCAAUUGUAUUUAUUAUAUUAAUGCAUAAUAUAAUAUAUUACACUUAAUGUUUAUAAUUCAUUCCUAUAUUUAUAGAUAAGUGUGUUUUAAAUUAGAUUUAUGGCUUUCGUCAAGUAAACACAAUUUACUUUAUUUUUAACGCACUUAAAUAAUAAAAAGUUUAAGGGUACUUUGAAUCGUACUAUAAGUCCCAAAUUACUAUUGAAUUUG